AUUCGAUAAUAAUUUUCGAAACGCGCUUUGUUUGUUUUUUUGCUUUGACAUUUUUGAUGAUAAUCAUUCUUGUCAAUCAUGGAUAAUCGACUUACCGUAUCAUCUUUUUCAUCGUUAUUAAUUUUUAAUGAUUUAUAUGAUUUAAAACGUGAUAGUCUUUAUCUUGAAACCGAUAUCAAAAUUGAUGAUGAAAUAAAAAAUUUAAAAUUAUUACCAUCCGAUUGUCAUAUUGUACGAACACCACAUGUAAUAAUUUUACGAUUAUUACAUAUAUUUGGUCCAUUUCAAAAUAAUACCAAUGAUGGUAAAGAUUUAAUUUUGAUUGCACAAUGUGAAUGUCAACCACAAAUAAACGUAUUGAUUUGUAUUAAAAAUUUUGAUGAUCAUGAAGAACAAAUUGAGGUUUCAUUCGAACAAUUAAAUCAUUUAUUUACAUUGAAAAAUUUUCUAACAAUUGCAUGUAAAAAUAAUCUUUCAAUUUCAUUUGUUGAUUCAAGUGAAAUAAAUUGUCAAAUUUUAUCAAAUACAUUGAAUGAAAUUGUUAUAAUUGUAUCGAAAAAAUUUCAUUCAAAUUUAAUAUUUCAUGAAAAUUGUGAAAUAAAUGAUAUAAUUCAUUUGGAAAGAUUAUCAUAUCAAAGUAAAAAUGCUAUGGAUUUAACUAUUGUUUCACGUAAUAGUAACAAUGAUAACGAUAACGAAAGAGAAUCAAUGAAUGAAUCAAUGGAAUUAUUACCAUCACAUUUACCAAGUGAUGAUGAUAUGGAUACACCAAUUGUAAAUGGUGAAAUUAUGGAUAUUUAUGCUAAUACACAAUCAACUGAAGCAAAUUUUUCAAAUACACAAUCAACAUCCAAUGGUAAUCAUGAUGAUCAUUCGGAUGAAUUAAUGAUAUUGGAAACUGAAUUGGAUGAUGAUUUUAUUGGACCAAAUAAUAAUAAUGAAAUUGAGAAAAAAAUACAAACAAUAAUCAAAGAAAUCGGUAAUGAAUUAAUGGAAAAAUUCAAUUUAAGUCGUUUAAUACGAACAAAUUUUAAAGAUGAUUUAAUCGAAGAUAAUAAACCGAUUGAAUUAACAUUAUUAUCACAAUUACAAUAUCCAAUAAAUUCGGUUCAAUCAUAUCGAUUUGUAAAUAUUGUUGGUAUUGUUAAACGUUAUGAUAAUAAUCUUUUAUUGAUUUAUGAUGAAACAAUGGAUGAUUUUGAAAUACGAACUGAUAAUCGUGGAAUUGAUUAUUAUAAAACAUCAACGGCGACGACGACAACUGUCAAUGGUAAUGGUAAUAAUAAUAAUGUUGCGAUGAAAAACUAUCCAUCAUUAAAAGCUGGUAAUAUUGUAUGUAUUCGACAACUUUGUUUAACACAAAAUCAUCGAAAUAUUUGUGCCAAUUCCGAACAAAUUAUUGCUAUUGAAAUUUAUAAUGAAAAUGAUCAUUUUAUAGUGAAUGAUAAACGAAAAAUUUCCAUCGAAGAAUUUAAACAAAUUAUUCGAUUAUAUUGUCAUCAAAUUAAAGAAUUAAUUAACUGUAAAGUUCAUAAUGCAAAAAAUCUGGAUAAUCGACAAUAUUAUUCGGGUAAUUUAAUUGGAUUAUGUGCAGCAAAAUUUUCAUCACAAUUAUCGGAUAAAUUAUUUACCGAUUUAUAUCUAAUGAUACCAACCAGAUCAAAAUAUCCAUCAACAAUGAUAAUGAAUAUAUCAUCGAUAGCCGAACAAAUUGAAAAUAUGUCAAUACGAUCGAAUCGAAAUUAUUAUAAAGAUGAAUCAUUUUUACAAAAUUUAUUAAAUAAUAAUCAAAUAAUUCAUAUUUCAGUAUGGGGAAAUCAUCAUCGAAUAUUAUCAUCAAUUUUACCAUUAGAUAUUGUUAUAUUGUAUAAUGUUUACAUUAGAAAUGAUCGUAAUGGUAAUGGUUUUUAUUUUUAUACAUUAAGUGAUGGUUUUGUUUAUGGUCGUCGGUUAAUUUCGAUAAAAACAAAUACAAUAAUUGAUAAUUAUAUACAACGAUUAUAUCGAACAUUUAAAGGAAAAUUUUUAAAAAAUCUUCGACAAAAACAAACAGAUGAAAUGGCUAUUGAAAUUGAAUCGGAUUUAGAUUCAUCAAUUUUAUUACGACUUGGUUCAAAUGCAAAAGAUUUGAUUAAAAAAAUGAAAAAUGGUGGGAAAAUUUUCGCAAAUGAACAACAACAAGAAUUAUGGAAAUUUGCUUUUAUUAAGAAAAAUAUAUUCAAUUAUGUUAAAAAUCAUCGAACAUUAUUUGAAUCAUUAGUUAAUGUUGAUAUGGCAAAGAAAAUUGAUAGUUUUGUUCAAUUAAUACAGCUAUCAUCAUCGACAUCGACAUCAGAUGUGAAUAAUGAUGAAGAACAAUCAAACGAAAAUUUAGCGACAAAUUUAUAUCGUAUUUCGGCACGUUUAAUUAAUUAUCAAUUUAAUGAUAAAAAUGGUAUUGAAUUUAUAAAUCUAGCACAUUUACGACAAAAUCAAAUGAAAAUUAAUUGUCAAUCAAAAUCAUGUGAUUUUAUAGCAUCAUUUAAUUCAUAUUUUCUACCAAAAGCAUAUGAUUUUAUGUCUUUAUCAAAUGAUUCAUGUAAUGAUGAUGAAGAUAAACAACAACAAAAACAACGAUUAAUUUGUCAAAAAUGUGGUGAAACAUUAUCAGCAUAUUUAUUUAUUGAAUUAUAUUUUGAAGAUGAUUAUGGUAAUCAUUUAACAGCAAUGUUAUCAUCGCCUGAAAUUGAAAAUCUAAUUCAUUGUACAAAUCAACAAUUGAUUUGUUCGGAUCCUGAAAGUACGGAUAUUUUAAUGGCUUUACAAUUUAUAUUGAAAACAUUAUGUCCUGUUCGUCAAAUUGCAACGACAACAACAACAACCAAACCAGCAACAACAACAAAUAAUUCUCAUCAAAUGAAUAUAAAUCCAAAAUGUGAUUGGAUUAUUGAAUCAACCAUUGUAAAAUCUGAUAAUUUUAAUUAUGAUGAUUAUUCAAAUUUAUAUAAUAGACAUUUAUUUGAUUCAAAUCAAAAUGUUAAUAUGGAUGAAUUUUCCAUAUUUUAUAUUCGUUCAAUUAUGAGUAAUAAAAGUGCCGGACCAGAAUAUUAA